CGUCAAUGGCGGUCUUGCUGGCAUGACCGCUACUGUCGUCAUUCAGCCCAUUGACAUGAUCAAAGUCCGUUUGCAAUUAGCCGGCGAGGGUGUCCGCACCGGACCUCGACCCUCGGCCUUUGGCGUAGCUCGCGACAUCAUCGCGUCUGGCAAGGUACUCGAUCUUUACACGGGUCUAUCUGCUGGUCUCCUUCGUCAAGCUGUCUACACCACCGCCCGCCUGGGUUUCUUUGACACCUUCAGCAAAAUGCUCAACAAGCGCGCAGAGGCUGCUAACCGUAAGGUCACCUUUGCCGAACGCGCGGGGGCUGGGUUGACUGCUGGUGGUAUUGCAGCCAUGAUUGGCAACCCAGCCGAUUUGGCCCUGGUCCGUAUGCAAUCGGACGGCCUCAAGCCUCCCGCAGCGCGGGCCAACUACCGCUCGGCGCUGGACGCGCUUGUCCGCAUCUCCAAGUCGGAAGGUGUUCCAGCCCUGUGGGCCGGUGCCUUGCCGACCGUUGUGCGCGCGAUGGCCCUCAACGUCGGUCAAUUGACCUUCUUUGCGGAGUCUAAGGCUCAAUUGAAGGCCCACACCAAUUUGUCGGCCCAGAGCCAGACCUUUGCCGCCUCUGCGAUCGCCGGUUUCUUCGCCAGCUUCCUCUCGUUGCCAUUUGACUUUAUCAAGACUCGUCUGCAGAAGCAGCAGAAGGAUCCCUUGACCGGCAAGCUGCCGUACAAGGGCCUACUGGACUGCGCGCGCAAGGUGGCGCAAGAGGAGGGCUGGCUGCGAUUCUACCGCGGCUUCGGCACCUACUAUGUGCGGAUCGCUCCUCAUGCCAUGGUUACACUGAUUGUCGCCGACUAUCUCAACCUCAUCACCAAGUAGUGUGUUCGGAUUGAUUUCUGACGUGGUUUCUUAAUUUCUUUUUUUCGUGUUUUCUCUUUUUAUCCAUAUUUAGGCAUGAUUCAAGAAAAUGCCGCGUCGAACAGAUCAUUCUGUUUCGCCCACACUGCAUUCCCACUCAAUGCCCGAUCGGCAAGCCACACCCGAUCGGGCUGACGGGCUGAUCGACAGAACAGUCACGAGGGUUGCAUGCUGUCUGGCACAGAUGCGAUGAUGUGUGACGGCUGUUGACUACACUCUUUCUUCAUGGCCAGUACCCUGGGUGGAGUUUCUUAUUUGACUGAGCUUUUUCUGUGUAUUUCUUACUAGUUAUAUAUCCCAGGGCGUGCUUAAGGGACCGAGCACAAGGGUAUUGCAGAAUAUG